CUCUAUUUAUUUAUAUCUCUUUCUUGCAAAAAUCUAGCUACCCUCUUCUAAUUUCUCUCUCUCUCUCUCUCUCUCUCUCUCUCUCUCUCUCUCUCUUUUAAACAUGGAAGAUUUGAGUUUCUCUGUUGGAGUCAUAGGGAACAUUAUUUCAGUGCUAAUGUUUCUUUCUCCGGCACGGACAUUUUGGAGAAUUGUAAAAAAUGGUUCGACUGAAGAAUUUGAGAGCCUUCCGUAUAUUUGUACACUGCUAAAUUCAUUGUUGUGGACUUACUAUGGUUUGACCAAGCCAGGAGAAGUUCUUGUGGCCACUGUCAAUGGUUUUGGCAUCUUUGUUGAGACCAUCUACGUUUUCUUGUUUCUUCUUUAUGCUCACCCAAAGAUGAGGGCAAAGACAGGCGUUUUGGUGGGAAUAUUGGAUGUGGGUUUCUUUGGAUUAGCCAUUUUAGUAACUCGGUUAGCUUUGGAAGGAGAUGCACGUACUAAUGCAAUUGGGUUUUUGGGUGCUGGCCUCAAUAUCAUCAUGUAUGGAUCACCUCUUGCUGCCAUGAAAACUGUGGUGACGAGCAAGAGUGUGGAGUAUAUGCCAUUCCUUUUAUCAUUUUUCCAAUUUCUUAAUGGUGGAAUUUGGACUUUAUAUGCUAUUCUUGUACAAGAUUAUUUCCUCAUGGUACCAAAUGGAACUGGGUUCAUUCUUGGAAUAGCACAGCUGGUACUAUAUGCAAUAUACAAAAAUGCAAAACCAUCCAUAAAUAUAAAUGUUGUAUCAGAUUCAGAUGCUCUUUUGGAACAAGGAUGGCAUACACAGAGCCUCAUUACCUCUUCCUCCCCCACUAAUUAAAUUAACUACAUACAUAUAUGUAUAUUUACUUAUAUAUAUAUAUAUUUAUAUAUAUAUAUGAGAUUAAUUUUCAUGAGAGGUCUGCAGCAAAUUACACAACUUAAUAUUUGGCUUGUUUAAAUUUUAUUUGAGAAAAAAGAAAAGGGAAGAUAAGUUGCAUUUAGAUUAAACACAGUUUUGGUAAUUAAUCACCUUAUUUAUUUCUUUAUAUAUUUAAUUCAUUAUAUAUAUUGUGCA